UGCCGUGGCGCCCCGCCCACGCAGCCAUUGGCCACCCUUGUAUACACUUGGCCAGACUGCGUACUUUCUCCGCUGAGGCUGCUUCUGCCUUCCUGCUGGACAUGCCCUUCAUCGAGCUGGAAACGAAUCUACCCGCCAGCCGCCUGCCUGACGGGCUGGAGAAGCGGCUGUGCGGGGCCGCCGCUACCAUUCUGAGCAAACCCGAGAACAGCGUGAUCGUUAUUGUGCGGUCUGGCACGACCAUGUUGCUGGGUGGAUCCACAGAGCCCUGUGCCCAGCUAGUCAUCUCUUCCAUCGGUGUGGUGGGCACUGCGGAGGAGAACCGCGGACACAGCGCGGGGUUCUUCGAGGUCCUCACCAAGGAGCUGGCCUUGGGCCAGGACCGGAUAGUUAUCCGCUUCUAUCCCUUGGAGCGCUGGCAGAUUGGAAAGAAAGGAACUGUCAUGACAUUCUUAUGAUCGGCACAAAGGAUCCAAGGCAUCUCAGUAAGCUAGCUGCCUCUUCCCAAGAAGCCUCCUGGCAGAGUCAGGGUUUGGUGGAUACUGGCCUCUGGCACCCUACUGCAGCUGUGUCUGUGAGCUUGCAAUUGUCCUCUUCUCCAGCCUCAUUCCAAAUAAACAAAGAGGACUGUAUCAUUCAAA